AUGUUACCGGUUCUGUCUGUCGAAGAUGUGGAGUCAUUCUUCUUGCAUCAUUCCUCCCCAGAUUCCGACCAAAGCCUGACUACCACGCCUUGGAUUUUCGAGACCCAAGUGAUCGAGCAGCAGCAUAUUAGACACACACAAACCCCGGCUCCGGAACAAAUCAGGUCACGAACCGAUUCAUCAUCAGCUCAGACAUGUGGCUCACCCCAAGCCGGUCGUAAUAAGGCAGCCUCAUGGCCGAGGGCCGCUUCCAAAACGCAUGCACUUCUGGGUCCACAUACUCACAAGAGACAACGAAGGUGGAAAACUGCCGCCCGAGCCAUGAUUCCGUUCUCAUUUAUACAAGACCCGUAA